GCCCACCAAUGAUUCACUCAAGGCACUCAACACUCUGCACCUACGCGGAUGCAAAUGAUUGUCUUUCGAUUCUAGCUUCAGCAUCUUGUGAGAAUUGGCGACUCCCGACUUAGCCCGCCUAAGCCAGAUUUGACUUUGACCGUAUAGCUGCCUGACAACGUCAAUGCAAGGGCUUUCUUCAUCAGCAGCAAACGACGGCCUUCGCAUCCCAUCUGUGAUGGGCGUGUCUUGAGCGAUGCCAGCUGUGGUGCCAGCCGACGCUAGCAGCUGGAAGAAGGUGGACUGGCGGGCAAGCAGCCAAUCAUGUGUCGAACACGGGCUGAAUCGCAUGCAUCCAAUCGUCAAGAGCCGCGUGCACACGACCGUCAUUGCAAAUUGUCUCGAUCUGCUGGUGCGCCGCUGCGAGAAGCCGCUGUCAAGACUCGUGACCGUAACUCACAAUUUCGAGCUACCAAAUUUCUUAAGCUGCAGGAGGCGGCGGCCACUGCUGUUUUGUCAGCAAGAGUCGACAUGAGGCAGGUGAUCAGCGAGUCGCACCUCCACCGAAACCAAGCCUUGAGACUGAUUGCGCAGCGCAGAGAAAUGGCAGCCUUGCAAUCAGCAGGGAUUCCGACGAACCGGAGUGCGGGGCAGCGGACGGCUAUAGAGACUAUCCAAGAGCGUGAACAGCAAGAUCGAGAGGAAAAUGUGCUCGAGCAAUGAGUAGACGCGCAGCUCCCUCAAGCCUGGAUGUCAAGCACUCAGACCGUGAACAUACAGCUGAAUUCUUAUAACAGAGUAGUACAAUUCCUUCUCUGCAUCACUCCAGAGGUUUGCUUCACAUCUUCACCUUCCCAGGCGCUAUCCAAUUUCUGAAUACACCACUUUCCCCACUAAGG